CGGUCUGCUUUAGCAGUUGCGCCAAUAUUAGCAGUAGCCAAAAUUUGUCCGCUAUAUUUUUCCAACUAAUGUUUAUAAUUGUGUAUGAACACAAACCGCCACAUUAGUACCUAACUUUUGUAGACUGUAUUUGGGUAAUACUUCUGCCAAAAGGAUCUGUUUUUCUCAUGGUCUGACUCAGAGUGUCCUACUAACAUGGAUGGCAGUAAAGCGACCUCCUCUCCCGAGGGACCCGUAGACCCCUCUCUCAUAUCGGAAGAUGGCAAAAAUGUCAAAGCUGUUUUGUGCCAGAGGUGUGGAUCUAAAGUGCUCUGUCCAGGCAUGGCAGUCUUUGCAGAAAAGGAGCUGUUCCUCCCUUCGAUGAGAAAGAAAACCUCUAUUGGUCAGUCGGACGGGACAUUGGAUGGGGACACCUUAAUGGCUCACUGGCUGGUUGAUGACAUGUACACAUUUGAGAAUGUGGGCUUCACAAAAGAUGUAGGCAAAGUGAAGUAUCUUAUUUGUGCGGAUUGCGAGAUCGGACCUAUUGGUUGGCAUUGCUUAGAUGAUAAGAAGAGUUUCUAUGUGGCAUUGGACAGGGUGAACCAUGAAUAGAGCACUCACUGAAGGCACUGUGCAGAAAAUUCUAUGGUAUUUGAUUAUAUAACUCAAAUGUCUUGUUUUUUUUUAAUGCAAAUCCUGAUUUUUUUUUUUCGAUACGUGUGAUGUUUUUAGGGUUUUUUGCUCUCACCAUUCUGUAUGUUAACAUGUUCAACUGUACUUAUCUUUCAUAAAGGUCUGCUAUAGAUAAAUGGAGACAUUUCUUAAAACAUUCCUAAUCACAAGGCCUUUCCCAUCCCUCUUAUCUCUCCAUUAGUUUUCAUAACACUUCAGUCAGUUUUUUUGUAUAAAGAGGAAACGUCAAUGUUAGUUAAUAUCCAUCCUUGACCAUUAAUGAGAUGUGUAAAAUAUAUGACUGAAAAAUGAAUAAAAUAUAACUCUUAGCUGUUCUCAAAAUAA